AAUAGUGUUGGCUCUUAUUCACUCCUAUCAGCAUGGAUUUUAGGCAUAGUAGUCAGUCACACACAGUAGUUGGCAGAAUUGUGCUGGUGUUGCACCCUGCCGCUCCUCUAAGGGCCAUCACAUUUUUCCUGGUCAAGGGAGUGUGUUUCUUAGCCAAAAUCACAGUUGGAGCAGGUGUUACAUUGCAAUGAUGUUUGUUACACGGCUGCUAUGAUAUGGCAGAUUUUUGCGAACUGCCAUAGGCAAUUCGUGAAGAGAGGCAUGCUAUUGUGUGGCCAUAGGCUUCAAUGGAGUGUUUAUCUACUUCAAUUUUGGCCUUCUGUUAUUGAUAACAUUGUUACACAGAAGAUGUGUAGAAGCUCAACUUUGCCCCUGAAACCAGUAUUGUUUUGUGGCUGCAGCCCCUUGCACCUUCUUCUCUGUCUGUGAUCUUUGUCUUCUGUCUCCUUAGAAGGCAAUUGAAUCUUUUACGGGGGGAGAUGCAUACAUGCCAGGGUCUUCGGGUUACACUGGUACAGUAAACAGAAGGAGUAUUACGUGGUACGCAGAGAAUGGGAAGUAAUAGCACUGAAAAGAUUCCAAUCAAUACCAGUACUGAAAGUUCAGAAACCACUAUCGAAAUAAAGAUUAAAACAUUGGAUUCUCAAACGUACACCCUCAGAGUGGAUAAACAGAUGCCAGUCCCUGCCCUGAAAGAACAGAUUGCUUCUGUAACUGGAGUAUUAUCUGAAAGGCAACGCCUAAUUUGCCAAGGAAAAGUUCUGAAGGAUGAUCAGCUCCUGUCUGCGUAUCAUGUUGAAGAUGGUCACACCUUGCAUCUGGUUGCGAGGCAACCUGACCUACCACCACCAGGAAGUCUGCCCAAUCAUUCAGUGACUGAACCGAAUUCAAGCUCAAGCCUGACAGGCCUCAGUCACAGUAGUCAAGUAGCCCCUGGUGUUUUUAUUGAGACUUUCAAUGUGCCUUUUCAGGGAGACGGAGUUCCACCUGAAAUCAAUAGGAUCGUUUCUGCAGUUCUAGGAUCCAUUGGACUUCAAAAUUUUGCGAAUGGUGAAGGGAUUGACGUCAGGGAGCAUGAUUCCCAAGGCUCUGGGAGAAUUUCAGGCUCUAGUGGGAUAUUUGAUUCAUCUCAUCCUCAACCCGAACAAUCGGGUUUUCGGGUUUUGUCUGAUAGAUCACGUAAUGCCUUUGGAGCUCCAGCUACAGUAUCUCUAGGGUCUUUGCAGCCUCCUGUCAUUCCUGAUUCUUUAACAACUUUGUCCCAAUAUUUAAGUCACAUAAGCAAUGAAUUUGAUGCAAUUGUGAGAGAAGGGGGGAAUAUUGCCCAAGCAGACGAGGCUCAAAGGAAUAUAGAAACUAGACCUGUUUCUUCACGUUCGGGUUCAGUUCUAGAAGGGUUUUCAUCUCCGACAUUGUUGGCAGAGGUUCUGCUUUCUACCAGACGAAUGAUUGUUGAACAAGCAGGCGAAUGCCUACUUCAAAUAUCAAGGCAGAUGGAGAAUCAAGCGGAUGUAACUGAUCCAUUGUUGCGGUCAAGCAUUCAGUCUAGGGCUUUGAGGACUGGAGUUUUGUUUUAUAACCUUGGUGCAUUUUUACUCGAGCUUGGUCGCACAACCAUGACACUGCGUUUGGGUCAAACAUCGUCUGAAGCUGUAGUUAAUGGAGGGCCUGCAGUCUUUAUAUCCCCAAAUGGUCCUAACCAUAUCAUGGUUCAGCCCCUUCCUUUUCAACCUGGAACAAGCUUUGGCGCUGUUCCUGUUGGAGCUGCACAGUCUAGCUCAAGUUUAGGUAGUGGACUUGGUUCAAGCUUUUUCCCUAGGCGUAUAGAUAUACAGAUACGACGAGGUACCUCAUCAACAUCAUCCAAUACCACCAAUCAAGAAGAACGCAAUGAUACACAACCUGCCUCAGUACAAAGAAAUCCAGGUGAAAAUCCUGUUAAUCAGGCAACCUCCAGGCGUCCAGAUGCUUCUUUUUCUGGGGAACCAGGAGUAAGGUUAGUGCCUAUUAGAACCAUGGUUGCAGCAGCAGUACCGGGUCCCGUGGUCCGUCCGCCUUCAGAAUCAUCUGGUAAUUCUCUAGGUCUUUACUAUCCAAUUCUUGGGAGAUUUCAACAUGUGUCGUCUUCUGGACAUGUAAAUAGUGAACAGAGAUCUCAACAUUCAAGUCAGCAUCAUGCUGCAGUGCCAUCAACUACUGAUUCCAUGUUGGAAAGGCAAAGCACAGAUGAUUCUACAAGGAAUGUAGGAUCCUUAUCAACUCAAAGCACAAGACCGGAGCCAUCUAAUUCUCGUGUUGUAAAUAUCAAUAUUCUGGCUGCCAGUGGACCCCAAAACAACCAAGAACCUGAGCGACAAAUACCAAGCAGUGUACUUCAGUUAUUAAGGUCACUCUUUCCUGGUGGAGAAAUUCAUGUGGAAGAUUCAAGUGUACAAGGAAUAACUCCAGGUUCUGACUCAGAUCAUGCUGCAACAUCAAGGGGGGCUGCCCAAGUCCCCGAAGCACAACCUAAUGCCAGUGAAGAAGGAAUAUUUUUGUCAAAUAUGCUCCGUGAAAUCAUGCCAGUCAUAUCUCAACAAGUAGGGUCAGAGGGAAAUCCUUCAGAAGAUCAUAUGGCUCAAGCUUCUUCAACCCAGGUUGAAACUGAUGUCGGGACAUCACGCAGACCGAGUGAUUCUGACUCAAGCCCCCCAAAUCCAAAACGUCAAAAGGGUAGUGGUGUACGAGGCUUAUGGUUAGCACCAAAAUGGAAGCAAGACCAGAGGCGUUGGAACACAUGUUUCAAGAAUCCAUGUGCGACAGAGAUAGAGAGGAGAAUGAACAUGAGCGUAUGCAACAAGUUUGGUCUGACAUCUCGAUGAUUUCAUAGGCAGACUCCCCAAAGCAAAAGGAAAAGACACCACUUUUGUAGAAGUAGACAGAUUUACCAAGUAUGCUCACUUUUUUGCUUUAUCACAUCCCUACUCAGCACAAGAGGUGGCUCAGCUUUUAUUGAAUGAGGUGGUAAGAUUACAUGGGUUUCCCUCUUCAAUAGUUUCAGAUAGAGACCAGUUAUUUCUCAGCCAAUUUUGGAAAGAACUUUUUAAACAAGAAGGGACUAAGUUGAAGUAUAGCAGUGCAUAUCACCCACAAUCAGAUGGUCUGACCGAAGUUGGGAAUUGCUAUCUUGAAACAUAUUUAAGAUGCAUGACAGGAACUCAACCUAAACAAUGGCCCACUUGGCUACCUUGGGCUGAGUUUUGGUUCAACACCAACUAUAGUGCCUCUUCUAAGAUGACACCAUUCAAGGCUCUAUAUGGAUGUGAUCCACCGCUCAUUUUGAAAGGCACAACCAUUCCAGCUAAGGUGGAAAGUGUAAAUCAGGUGCACGAAGCAAGGGAUGCAAUUUCAAAAUCGUUGAAAGAUAAUUUGUGCAAGGCACAAGAGCAGAAUAGGCUUCAAGCUAAUAAACACAGGAGAAAUGUGGUUUAUCAAGAAGGAGAUUGGGUGUUUCUCAAGAUUCAACAAUAUCGGUUCAAAUCUUUAGCGAGAAAUUUAAUGAAAAAUUAAGUCCUUGCUAUUAUGAACCUUAUCAGGUUGUAGAACGUAUUGGCCAAGUUGCUUAUAAGUUGCUUCUACCAGAACUCAGCCGCAUUCAUCUAGUUUUUCAUGUUUCCUUGCUUAAAUCAGCAGUGAAAGCAGUGCUUGACACUCGUGUGAAUGCAUAAGGUGAAUUGGAAGUUUUGCUCAAAUGGAAACAACUUCCUGAGAUGGAGAAUAGUGGGGAGUCUGCUGCGGCUAUCAACUAAGACUUCCAAGACUUUCACCUUGAGGACAAGGUGAAACUCCUAGGGUGGGGUAUUGAUAGGUUCAGUGGUAGAAUUUAUACUAGGAGAAAUAAAUAAGGAGGUAGUUAUAAUCUCCUGUUGUUGUAACAGGCCUAACAGAGACUAUUAUAUAUGUAGUCUGUGAUUAGGUUGUUUUUAGUUUUCUGGAGAGUUUUGAUUGUUAGGAGGGAAGGGAGUUAGGAGAGAAAGGUCCUCUCGAAAGACCUUGGUGCUUUGUACAUUGUUAUUACCUGUUUCUACUACAUUGGUAGGGCAGAUUGAUUCAUAAUAAACAUACAAGAACUGUCUUGUACUUCUUAAUUCUGGGGGUCUAUCAGAAAUGAACAUGUUUAAAUGCAUACAGAGUGGAUUUGUACAAGAGAUUUUCUAAACCACAAUGAUUAAGCUUAUUGGGUUUGAUAAUCUUUCAUAGCGUUACAAAAUUCAAAGGCAUUCCAACCCUUAAGUGGGUGAAAGCUUCAGUAUUAGAGGUUGUAUAAUAGGGAGUGUGAGUGCAAACCUGAUAUCUGAAUCUCUUUCUUUCUAAGGAUGUCCCAGGGAGUCUGCCAUUCUCAGUCCAUGUGGGAUCCUGUUGGAUCAUCCCCAGUAUGGUUUUCAGGGGAGGAAAAAGUUUUUGAUUGUCUUGUCAGGCCCAACCUGAUAUGAUCUAGAAUAAGUGUUACUGAGCCCAAUAAAUGUAAGGCCCAAGUACCUAAAUUAUUCAAAGACUGUUUUUAAUUAAUUAGAUACUGGCCUAGAGAGGCUCAUUAUGCCAUAUGUACGAUAGUUCCUACAGUUUGAAGGAAAUGAAAUAUCUACCCUUUA